AUGGAGCCACAACCAAUAUAUGCAGCACCGAUCGUUUACCGGGAGCGAGGUGCCUUCCUCAGACGUAUUGAGAAGUUAAAUAAAGCAAAGGUGUCCUACGAUACAGCAUACAGCUAUAAACAGGACGAUGUACGGAUGUUGACCGGACGCAGCCAAGUGUGUAUCGACGCCGUGCAACCCAUUCAGGCGUACGAAGAUGCCGAGCUUGCGUUGAAAUUGGAGCCACAAAAUAUGACUGCGUGCAUUAUGCGGGCACGCGCCUUAUACACUAUGUUGGAGUUCGAGCGAUCCCUAGUCAUGCACUACCGCGGAGCGCGGCGGAGACGGCUGCCUCGUUACUUCUCGGAGGGCAUUGGUCAGGGCAUCGAAACCAUUCAGAAUUCUAUUGGGAAAAAUACGGGGAAUGUAAUGAUAAAUUUCCUAGAUCUUAUCAAACGAAAUCAAUCUGCCUAUAUUGACGAAAACCAACCGGAAAAGUUGCUCCACAUUUCUCGCAUUCCACAUUUGGAAACUAAAGCUAAAUUAACUCAGUUGGAAGCCAGAAAACAAGUCAUUUUGUCGCGAGUUAUGGCUAUGAAAUAUCUUGGACGAAUGGCCUGGGACAAAUUUUUUCUACAAGAAUUAUCUUCUGCUACUUUUCAAUCAAAAUCAUUAAAAUCAGCAAAUGCAAAAGGUAGCCAAGAUUUAAACGAACUUGUUAAUAAAACGCUUCAAAUGUUGUCCGAGCGUCAAGAAAUGCUCAGAGUGCAACGUCCAUACUACGCAAUAGUACAAGCUGAGAAUUCUGUAUCUCGCUAUCAGACUAUGUUCAGAAAACAAUUACUAAAUAACGAAAGAAAGGCUGGGACACACACUGCCAAUCUAUAUUUAAAACAAAUGUUAUCGUGCUUCAUUCACAAUAAAAUUAUGGAUUUAAACGCAAAAGCAGAACGUAUGCAAAUAUUUCUUGAUAGCAAAACUCCUCGCACUCUUCCCAACAAGGAAUAUUACACGGAUAAAUUAUAUACACUUGUAGGAAAAGCCUAUCUUUCACAAUACAGACUCUCGUACGAACUCCCAGAUAAUGGAAAUCGACGACGUGUAGCAUUUCUUCUGGGCCUUCCCGUUAGUCGACCAAUUUCUUAUGACUCGGUUAUUUACAACUACCCCCAUAAACGUGUCGACCUGCAGGAGACACUAAGUAAGAUGAUGAAUACUUUAGAAACUUGUGAAAAUUCUCUUAGAAAGUGUUGGUUAACGUGCAAUAUAGCUCGGAUUCUCACCGCACAAAAAAAUUAUUCCCUUUCUAAGUAUUACGCUAAAUUAUGUCAAGAUGAGGCAACGCAGAUUGAAAAUGUGGUUUGGUGGUUAAACGGAUGUUUCAUUAUGUUAAGUGGUGAUAUGCAACAAGGUAAUGCUAGUGAGGUCCGUGCUAAAGUAGAAGAGGCAUACCACUGGGCUAAGCUGUUGAAAAAUUCAGAAAUAGUACUAGCGUUUCUGGCCAAAUGUGCAGAGAUGGCUGCAGAACCAAUCAUUGUGGAUAAACGAAAGACGAUAUUGCAACGUGAGACCGGAAUACUAAAAAUGAUUGAUAGUAGUCUGCGUCUGGAAACCGAAGUAUUGUUCAAGCGUAUAUCAAUGGUACCGAGUCGGAGACGAUUAUCGGUGCUACCCUGCAAAUCCAAACUCAGCGAAGACAAGACAGCGAGACAGAAGCGACGUCAACGCGGACUCUCUAUAGUUCCUGGUAAUGAACAAGUUUUGUCCCGUCCACAAGUUUCUAAAGUUAUGGGUUUUCAAGUAUUCGAUAUUUAAAGCUGGUAGAGGUUUUAAACUUCUAUAAAAAUAUAAAACUGUACAAACUUUGUUCCGUAUUCUGUGGUCUUGAUUAAA